GGUAAAGGAUUAGAACCUUGAAUUGUUUGAGAAAUCGUGUAUGUGAACAUAAUUCAUGGUCUAUGGUGUGCAUCAAGCUACUUGCAACUUUCAAAUUUUUUUUUUUCAAAAAUAUAAGAUGAGCAGAUUGACUUUAAGUUAUGGUUUAUCAAAUCUUGAGUUUAAAUGGUGAUCGCAAUCCAAUGUACAUCACUUAUCGUCCCACUUUUCGCUCUGCAUCACCUAACACGCCUCGAUAUGGAACCAUCGUAAUAGCACUGCUACCGAGGCGUCACGGCACCGAAGCAAUUGUUGUAUAAUUUAUUUUGAACAAACAGAAAACUCACGGUCUUUGCUUGAUUUUGUAAUCUUGGGCCCCUUUUCAUUUUAUUCCUAAAAAUGUAACUAGUCAAUGAGUUGACAUGCAAGAAUUUGUAUGAAUUAGUUCAAAUAUUUAAUUCUUUUAAGUUUAUGAUUUCUAAUGAUGCAUGACUCUCAUAAGGUAGAAUAUGUUGGUGCUGUCUACAUUCAUACAUAUAUCUGGAUUACUCAGUUUAUGCCGCGAAUAUUCCAAUCUCUCUCUCAUUAUAUUUAUAUAUAUAUAUAUAUAUAUAUGUAUAUAAUGAAAUGAGAGAAAGAGAGAGAGAUUGGAAUAUUCACACACAUAACAUUCUUACCCUCUAAACAAUUGUUCUAUCAUUUUUAUCAUCAAAUAUUUAGUGAUACAGUUUCUUUUUUUUUUUGAAUCCCUUUUUUGGGUAUAUUGAAUUUUUGGCAAUAAUGAAUCUUAUACGAAUUGUCACGGUAUUUUUCUUCAAAUGGUACUUUAUUUUGUUCUUUGUUCCUCUGUAAUCCUGCUGUUUGAAUGUCAAGAAAUUUUUUAGAGGUAUAUGAAGAGCCAAGGACAUUGGGGUAGGUGCUCUGCACUAAAGCCUCUUGGACCCGAUCUCUCUGGAGUCUAAGUGCCCCGCAUGCCUCUGUUCUUGCGGCAAAUCUUGAUGAAUACCAUAUCUCUUGCCCUUUCCCUCUGAUCUGCUGCCGUUGGUCCUAAUUCAUCUUCUCUUUCUCACUUAUGAUCAAAUUGAUCAGGUUUCAGGUAUGCAUCACUCUCUACUUAAUGAAAGACCUUUUAGAGUUUAGAUGUUGAACGAUUUUGUAGAACGUGAAGCACCAACUUCCAUACCAACGCAUUUUCUUCAAGAAAUUAAGAAGCAACGCCGUGAAUUACUUCUGUUCAUACCACAGGCGGGUGAGCAAAUGGUAAUUAAGAAGAAGUCGUGAAACGUGUUGAGUUGAAGACGGGAUCAACAAAUCCCAGCUGCCCAUUCCGAAGUCUGAAUUCAUGAUAUCGUCCUCAUAAUCAGGUUUCUGCAACUCGAUUGGAGGCUCACCUCAAGGUUCUCUUUCUCAGGAGGGUUCUUCUCUUCAAUAAACACGAAACGGAGUUCUCCAUUAAUUCUUUUAACAUAAACGUUGUGAUUCAUAUGGGCACACUUGCCAUUAGUAAUAUAUGUACAUCUUCAGACCCACUGCUCAUUAUGGGACGUGAUGAAUUACAGGUCACAGAUCUAACUUCGUAGCAGGAAGACAGAGAGAGAGAGAUCUGAGAGAGGUAGAUGGAGAAACGGGUGGAAGCCGAGGAAGUAGCAGCACAGGAGAUGUCUAUUACCGUGGAUUCUGUUUCCGACGACCGGAAGUACUCUUCGCCGCCACGGGCCCACUUCUCCUCCCUCACAAAACUUGCUCACCAUCGGCUCCUCAACUUUCCCAAGCCCACCGUUUCUCUCGCUAAGAAGGCCGGAGCCGAGUUCGUGGGCACGUUCGUCAUCAUCUUCGCCGCGGCGGCGGCGUCGAUAGUGAACAAGAAAUACGGCGGCGUGGAGACGCUGAUCGGCGGUGCAGGGGCGUCCGGCCUGGCGGUGAUGGUCAUGGUCGUCGCGACCGGUCACAUCUCGGGGGCCCACCUGAACCCGGCGGUCACCCUCUCCUUUGCGACGUUCGGGCACCUCCCUUGGGCUCAGGUGCCCGCCUACUUUGGCGCUCAGGUGACGGCGUCCAUCUCCGCCGGCUUCCUGCUCAAGGGUGUCUACCACCCUUUCCUCCACGGCGGCGUGACAGUGCCGUCCGUCGCCUACUGGCAGGCCUUCCUCCUCGAGCUCCUCAUCUCCUUCAACCUCAUGUUCGUCAUCACCGCCGUUGCCACCGACAACCGCGCCCCGAGACAGAUGGCUGGGAUUGCAGUGGGGACGACCGUCAUGGUCAACAUAUUGAUCGCCGGGCCAGGAAGUGGGGGGUCAAUGAACCCCGUGAGGACGCUGGGACCUGCAAUAGCAGCAAGAAAUUUUAAAGGCAUCUGGAUUUACAUGAUCGCCCCACCCAUUGGGACCAUUGUCGGCGCCGCCGCCUACACCGCCGUCCGGCUUUACAACGAUGAUAAUCAGGUCGAUCUUCGCCGCCGCUAGCGCCAACUCUCCUAUCCUAAGCUCUAAAAAAGCAAUCAGAUCAUUCAUGAUAAAAAGAGAAUGAGACUCGAUCAGCGGAGCUUUUGCAGAGUAUGACUAUGCAGUACCAAACACGAGAUAGAUCGAUCUUCCAGAAAGCAAGGAAUUUUCCAACAGCAAGCUGAUUCAGUUUGCCAUUCUUUAAGAAUUAAACCUGCUCAUCAUAUGCUAGCAAUUUCACAACGUCAUGAACACCCAAAUGUAGUAAAGAAUAUUAAUUAGUUGUGUAUUUUCCGCUCGUGUAAUUUCUUCUGUUUUUUUUUUAGAUCUUUUGUACCGCUAAAUAGCAAGAUUAUUU